AUGGCGGACUCCUCGUCUCAUAGAUUGGAUCUUCGAGUUGGUGGGAAAUAUAGGCUUGGAAAAAAAAUCGGCUCUGGUUCUUUUGGUGACAUCUACCUCGGAAUUAACAUCAUCUCGGGUGAAGAAGUUGCCAUCAAACUCGAGUCCGUCAAAGCCAAGCACCCUCAACUGGAGUAUGAAUCAAAGGUUUACAAGACUCUCGCAGGCGGCGUAGGCGUCCCCUUCGUCAGAUGGUUCGGCACCGAGUGCGACUACAAUGCUAUGGUUCUUGACCUUCUUGGGCCUUCUCUCGAGGAUCUUUUCAACUUUUGCAACCGCAAGUUCAGCCUCAAGACUGUUCUUUUACUCGCCGACCAACUCAUUUCUCGCAUCGAGUAUAUCCACUCCCGCAACUUCAUACAUCGUGACAUCAAGCCAGAUAACUUCCUGAUGGGCAUUGGAAAGCGCGGUAACCAAGUCAACGUCAUCGACUUUGGUCUCGCCAAGAAGUUCCGUGACCCCAAGACCCACCUCCACAUUCCGUACAGAGAGAACAAGAACUUGACGGGUACUGCUCGCUACACAUCGAUCAACACCCAUCUGGGUGUUGAGCAAGCACGUCGUGAUGACCUCGAAUCUCUUGCUUAUGUUUUAAUGUACUUCCUCCGUGGAGCCCUUCCCUGGCAAGGUCUCAAAGCUGCCACCAAGAAGCAGAAAUACGAUCGCAUCAUGGAGAAGAAGAUGACCACCCCCACCGACCUUCUCUGCCGUGGAUUCCCAAAUGAAUUCGGCAUAUUCUUGAACUACACUCGCGCUCUUCGCUUCGACGACAAACCUGACUACUCCUAUCUUCGCAAACUCUUCCGUGACCUCUUCGUGCGGGAGGGGUACCAGUACGACUACGUAUUUGACUGGAGCGUCCAGCGAGGAGCCCAAGAUGACCAGACGGCCGGAUCCAGCUCCAAAGCAGGCGGCGCAGCAAGGCGCAAGGUCGUUCAAGAGGAUGACGAACAUCGUGCUAGUGACAGAAUGUGA